GCCGAGAAGGCGCACGCCCGCGAUCAUGAGCCAUGUCUAAGCGUCCUCUCUGUCUGGACAUCGCAGGACCAUGUUGGCAGCGCUACACCGGAACAGAUGUUGGUGUCGGUGCUCAGAGGGGACAAGAGACAUGCUGUGAAUAUAGAGAGGCACAUCUGCACUGAGCGGUCAGUGAUGACAUCUGUCGGGUAUUGUCUGACGCUUUCUAAUUCCUAACCACAUUACCAUGGCAACAAGAAGAAAAGGCUCCACCUCGAAGGGCACCGGGGUGCAUUUCCCUGACGACGACGAGCCCCCAGGCUCUCCAACGCGGAGAGAUGACGAGUCAAACCUCUGUAGUCUCAUUGCUAUCCUGGAGAAGGAUGGCAGCUACUUGGUCAAGGCCGGUUUCCUGAAGUGCCACAACUGUUAUGAGAUUGUCUUCACCGUCCCAGAUGUCCCCACACUGGGCAAAGAGCUCUCCUGUCUUCCUUCCUCCUCUCCAACUCGGAAGUUUCCCAGCCUCCGGGUCCAUCGGAUUAACUCCACACUGGAGGGAGGAGUAAAGGUAACAUGUGAGUACAGGACUCACCAGGAGGGGGUGCUACAGGAGGAGAUCACUCUGGUAACCAGAGGGAGAAAAGGCAGCAGUCUGAAGGUCAGAUUCCAGGCCAAAGUCAUUGACCCACAUCACGGGACUCCCAUGCUGCUGGAGGGGGUGAGGUGUCUUGGUGCUCAGAAACACGGCCACACAAAGCACAACAGCAGCAGCAGCGGCAGCCGUGAGAGGAUGUGAUGAAAAGAUGCACACAUAUAAUGUAUAUGUAUCUACAACCAUGUUAAUCAGAGACUGGGUCGGGGCCCUGAGUGUUAGUGUGGAACACCAAAAUGUGGUCCCCAAAUUAGAAACAGUUUUAUUAGACUGGGAAAACAUC